CGCCGGCGGCACCCGCCCCUUCCCCCGCGGCCUCGCUGUCUCAGGCCUUUCUUAAAUCUUUCCAUGUCUAAAUGGACUCCUGAAUGUAAUAUAGUUUAUACUCUAAAAGCGGAUAUGAAGAGUGAAGUUCCUUCUGAUGCACCAAAGAGACAGGAGAGUCUGAAGGGGAUCCUCUUGAACCCUGAGCCUAUUGGGGCAGCCAAAAGCUUCACUGCAGAAGUUGAGAUGAUUGCCAGUAAAGUAGGGAAUGAGUUCUCUCACUUGUGUGGUGAUUCUCAAAAGCAAAAGGACAUGAAUGGCAACCAUACAGACCAAGAAAAACCUAUUGUGGUGCGAAAAAAACGCAAGAGCCAGCAGGCUGGUCCUUCAUACACUCAAAACUGUCCUGAUAAAGAAAAUAAAGGAAUCUUAGGGUUGAGACAGCAUCUAGAAACACAGAGUGAAGACAAUGAUUCUUCUUUUAGUGACUGUAUCUCUUCACCUUCAUCUAGCUUGCAUUUUGGAGACUCUGACACAGUAACAUCUGAUGAAGAAAAAGAUGCUCCUGUGAGACACCCUCAGGCAGUGUUGAAUACUCCAAGCAGAACUCAUAGUGCAAGGUCACAGAAGUGGCCUCGGACUGAGGCAGACUCUGUACCUGGGUUACUGAUGAAAAGGCCCUGUUUUCACAACAGCUCCUUAAGAAGACUUCCAUAUAGGAAGAGAGCUGUGAAAACAGGUUCAUCACAGCGGACACAGAACCAAAAAGAACGAAUUUUAAUGCAGAGGAAAAAGCGGGAAGUGUUAGCUCGAAGAAAGUAUGCUUUACUGCCCAGUUCUAGCAGCUCCAGUGAGAAUGACCUCAGUACUGAAUCUUCUUCCAGUUCAUCUACUGAAGGGGAGGAAGACUUGUUUGUGUCAGCUGGUGAAAACCACCAGAACAGCACAGCUGUUCCUUCAGGAAGUAUUGAUGAAGAUGUUGUUGUGAUUGAAGCAUCCUCCACUCCCCAAGUCACUGCUAAUGAAGAAAUAAAUGUUACCUCAACAGACAGUGAAGUGGAGAUUGUUACAGUUGGUGAAAAUUACAGGUCUCGCUCUGCGCUGGGACACUCGAGGCCCCACUGGGGCCAGAGCUCCGGGUCCCACGCCGGCCGCGCUCCGGAGCAGCGAUCCCGCAGCAGGAUCUCCACCGUCAUCCAGCCCCUGCGGCAGAACGCCGCCGAAGUCGUGGACCUCACCGUGGAUGAAGAUGAGCCAACAGUUGUGCCAACCACAUCAGCUCGAGUGGAGCCGCAGGUCGUGAGUUCUGCUCCCACUACCAGCUCCAGUACGUCUACCUCAGAGCAGGCCUCUGAUGCAGCUCCAAACGUCUCCAGCAGCCAGCCCUCUGCAGCACCAGAGGCCACUCCCAGUCUCCCCAGUGGCAGCACUGCUGGCACUUCAACUGGAGAUGAGAUAAGAAGAGCUGCAUCUAAUUCGACACUGGAAACUGGCCCUCCGGCCAUGCCAAGGCUGCCAUCGUGCUGCCCCCAGCAUUCUCCUUGUGGAGGACCUUCACAGACUCAUCAUGCACUGGGGCACCCACAUACAAGCUGCUUUCAGCAGCAUGGCCACCACUUCCAGCAUCACCACCAUCACCACCACAACCCUCACCCAGCUGUCCCACUGUCUCCUUCCUUCAGUGACUCCAGCUGCCCUGUGGAAAGGCCUCCUCCCAUGCCUGCCCCGUGUGGAGCAAGCAGCAGUUCUGGCACCAGUUACCAUGAGCAGCAGGCACUGCCGGUAGACCUGAGCAGCAGCGGUAUCCGAAGCCACGGGAGCGGCGCUUUCCACGGGCCGUCGGCGUUCGACCCGUGCUGCCCCGGCUCCUCGUCGCGCGCGGCGCUCUACGGGCCGCAGGCGGCCGCGGGGCCCAGCCAGGCACUGCCCAUGGACGGCUACGGCUCGGCCAUGGUGCCGCCGCCGGCCUCGCUCUCCUCCUGCCGCCACUACCUGCAUUCUCCCUAUGCUUCCUUGACCAGACCUCUUCACCAUCAAGCUUCUGCAUGUCCUCACUCUCAUGGAAAUCCUCCUCCACAGCCACAACCUCCACCUCAAGUGGAUUAUGUUAUCCCUCAUCCCGUGCAUCCCUUUCAUCCUUCAAUCUCCUCUCAUGCGUCUUCUCAUCCUGUUCCACCUCCACCACCAACUCAUCCCUUAGCCAGUGCAGCUGCUCCAAUACCACAGCAUCUCCCUGCAACACACCAGCCAAUAUCCCAUCACAUCCCUGCAACAGCACCUCCAGCACAGAGGCUACAUCCUCAUGAAGUGAUCCAGAGGAUGGAGGUCCAGAGAAGAAGAAUGAUGCAACACCCAACACGUGCUCAUGAGCGGCCUCCUCCACAUCCUCACAGAAUGCAUCCUAAUUAUGGUCAUGGGCAUCACAUCCAUGUGCCUCAGACUAUGUCUUCCCAUCCUCGACAAGCUCCAGAGAGAUCUGCCUGGGAACUAGGAAUUGAAGCUGGUGUGACUGCAGCCACUUACCCUCCAGGGCCCUUGCAUCCUCACUUGGCCCACUACCAUGCACCUCCUCGACUGCAUCACUUGCAAAUAGGGGCUCUUCCUCUAAUGGUACCAGACAUGGCGGGCUACCCUCACAUCCGUUACAUUUCAUCGGGAUUGGAUGGAACAUCAUUCAGAGGCCCUUUCAGGGGCAAUUUUGAGGAGCUGAUUCAUUUGGAGGAGCGACUAGGCAAUGUUAAUCGUGGAGCAACACAGGGAACUAUAGAAAGAUGCACAUAUCCACAUAAAUACAAAAAGAGGAAACUGCACUGCAAACAAGAUGGGGAGGAAGGAACAGAAGAAGACACAGAGGAAAAGUGCACCAUCUGUUUGUCUAUAUUGGAGGAAGGUGAAGAUGUCAGGCGCCUUCCAUGUAUGCACCUUUUCCACCAAGUAUGUGUAGAUCAGUGGUUGAUUACUAACAAGAAGUGCCCCAUUUGCAGAGUGGACAUUGAGGCUCAGCUGCCUAGUGAAAGUUGACACUGCUUUCCAGAACUCUUGUCCUCCCUCUCGCUCCCUCUCAUCCCUCCUGGUACUUCAGUCAACCAAAGAUGGCAUGACUUACCUGCGCAGAUUUGGAAGCAUUGAACCCAGAGUGCUGGCUCUGCUAUAUGGUACAACUAAUGCUAGACCUACAGUUUAUGUAGAAGACAGUUGAGUUUCAGUGUAUUUAUACAUUUUUUGUUUUACAUUUUUUUCUUUAAAUUCAUUACUGUAUUUUUGCAUGGUUCCUUGUAUUGCAUUUGUUUGCACAUAUUAUGGGCUUUGUGACCCCAAACUUGCAGGCGAGAUUAGCUGCUUUAGUAAAUAGAGUUGUGUGGUCUCUUUUUUGGUUUGUUUUUUGUAGUAUCAAGCUUUGAAAGUAUGAUUUCACUCAUUACUAACCUUGAAUUCCUUAAUUUAAUCGAUCAUAUAUAUUUUAGUUUAAAUGUAUAAAGAUCAUCUAGAAAAGGAUAAUAUUAUGUAUUGAGACAUUCCUUAACUAGGAAAAAAUGGCUGCUGUAUAUUUACAAGACCAGUUCUGAUUCAAAUAACAUCCUCAAUACUGGGAACAGAAUAUGAAUUAUAUUCAGUUUGACUGAUACAUAUAGCAUACUCAUCACCAGAGUUUUUAUCUGAUCAGAUUUUUGUGUUUGUUUUUAAAAUUUCAGCACAAUGCAGAUAUAUUUGAAUGUCAAUAUUAAACAUUUAGACUGCUGUUCAGAUUGUAUUUAUCAUUUUCUUCUAUGUCUAGAAAUUUGAAUCCCUAACUUAAAUAUAAGCUGCUGUGAAACAGCUCUUAGUGAACACUAAAUGUUGAUUUCAGUUAGCUGGAUUGUAGAUACUUGCAGGUUGAAAGAAUUAUUAGGGACAUGGAAAAAGAGCUUAGAAUCUGUUUGGUCUUCUGCUAACUUAAGUUGAAGUAUCUGCGCACAUUGAGGGUUGAUUUUUUUUGUUGGGGGUUUUUUUUGGCUGUGUUUUUUUGUUUAUUUGUUUGGGCUUUGUUGGUU